UAAAGAUUAAACAACACAAAAUAAAAAAGUUUAAACAAAAUCUUUCUUCUGUUCACACAUUCACAGCUUCGAAAGCAGAAUUAGAAGAAGAGGCAAAGGAGCAGUGAGUUACAAGAAAUACAGGCUCAAAGUCAUAAAAAGAGAGCAAAAAGUCAUUGCAGCUUUGGAUUCUUGUUUAGCAAGAGAAAAUCAAGGGACCUUUUUUGGUUGUAGGAACUGGAGAGAUGCACGGUGGUGUUGAUGUCUGGUGGGCUCAGUCAAUGCUUUUUCUUAACCAAAAGGAAUUUAUGUGCGCUUAUAUGAGCUGGGGUGUUGGGUAAUUUCUGGGUUCUGAUUUAUAGUUCUAUGGUUGAUGCUAGUUUAGAAGAAUUUCAAGUGGAUUGAUCCAGUAUGAGACUUAAGAAUUGGGUGAAUAACGGAGUAAUUAUCAUUCAAGGGAGAUUGCAGAAGAUGAUGAAGUGUAUUUGUUCAGGUGAGCAAUUGAAGGUAGAUGAAAUGGUUCAUUCAUCGGAGUCCUUAGCAACUCGGGACUAUUCAGCAAGUGGCUAUUCAUCCCGAGCUGGUGAGAUGGAAACAAAGGUGGACAAUAGCAACAUUGAAGAAGCAGAGUGCUCUCUUCGUGAGAGUGGUUAUCUGAACUAUGAGGAAGCAAGAGCUUUAUUAGGAAGGCUUGAGUAUCAAAAAGGUAACAUAGAAGCUGCACUUCAUGUAUUUGAAGGAAUAGACAUUGCUGCAGUUACCCCCAAGAUGAAAGUCUCCAUUUCUAGAAGAUGUGAAUACAAUAGACGCCAUUCACAAAGUGAUGCUGCCCCACUAAUGUCUAUGCAUGCUGUUAGUCUACUACUUGAAGCUAUUUUCCUCAAAGCAAAAUCAUGUCAGGGUCUUGGGAGGUUUGGAGAAGCUGCUCAGUCUUGCAAAGUAAUUUUGGACACUGUUGAAUCUGCAUUACCAGAAGGCUUGACUGAAAACUUAGCAUCAGAUUGUAAAUUACAAGAGACUCUAAACAGAGCUGUCGAAUUGCUUCCGGAGUUAUGGAAGCUUGCUGGGUCUCCCCAAGAAGCUAUCCUAUCAUACAGGAGAGCUCUACUUUAUCAUUGGAAUCUUGACACAGAAACUACUGCAAAGAUAGAAAAAGAAUUUGCCAUUUUUCUUCUGUAUAGUGGUUGUGAUGCAAACCCCCCAAAUCUUCGUUCACAGAUGGGAGGCUCCUUUGUGCCAAGAAAUAAUUUAGAGGAGGCUGUUCUUCUGUUACUGAUUCUACUAAGAAAAUUUGUUCUUAAAAGGAUUGUAUGGGACCCAUCAAUCAUUGAUCACCUUUCUUUUGCCCUAUCUGUUUCAGGGGAAUUGAGGGCCCUAGCUCAUCAGGUUGAAGAAUUGCUUCCAGGGAUCAUGGAUAGAAAGGAAAGAUAUAGCACUCUAGCUCUCUGUUAUUAUGGGGAAGGCGAAAACAUGAUUGCUUUGAAUCUUUUGAGGAACUUUUUGCAUGAUAGAGAGAACCAUGAUUGCAUACCAGAGUUAUUACUGGCUUCAAAAAUUUGUGGAGAGAAUUUGGUUUGCAUUGAGGAAGGGAUUAAUUAUACUCACAAAGCGCUUUCUGGACUGCAAGGAAAAUGCAGCCAAGUGUUUAGUGUUGCAAACUGCUUACUGGGUGUUCUAUUGUCAGGUAAAUCCAGAUUGGUUGCUUCCGAUUCUGAGAGGAUUUUGAAGCAGUCUGAAGCAAUUGAAGCACUGGGAACUGCUGAGAGAACAAUGAGAGAAAGAGAUCCAAGCAUUGUUUUUCAUCUUUGUCUAGAGCAUGCUGAACAAAGGAAAUUGGAUGUAGCACUUUAUUAUGCAAAGCAGCUGUUGAAACUUGAGGCUGGCUCUAGUGUUAAAGGGUAUAUCCUUUCGGCACGGAUAUUGUCAGCUCAAAAACGGUUCAGUGAUGCAGAGACACUAAUUAAUGCUGCUUUAGAUCAGACUGGGAAGUGGGAUCAAGGAGAACUGUUGCGAACUAAAGCUAAGCUCCAGAUUGCACAGGGUCAGUUAAAGAAUGCCAUAGAGACAUAUACUCAUCUUCUUGCUGUUCUUCAAGUUCGGACCAAAAGUUUAGGUGUUGGGAAGAAGCUUCUAAAGAAUAGGAGAAAUCAUGACAGAAGCUUAGAAAUGGAAACGUGGCAUGAUUUAGCUAAUGUCUACACAAGCUUGUCACAAUGGCGGGAUGCUGAAGUCUGUCUUUCAAAAUCCCAGGCUAUCAAUCCUUAUUCCGCUUCUAGAUGGCAUUCAACAGGUUUACUCUAUAAAGCCAAGGGUCUCCACCAAGAAGCCCUGAAAUCAUUCAGGAAAGCAUUAGAUGUUGAACCCAACCAUGUUCCAAGCUUGAUAUCCACAGCAUGCAUCCUUCGAGAGCUCGGAGGCCAAUCAUUGGCAGUUGUGAGAAGUUUUCUAACUGAUGCACUUCGACUAGACAGAACAAACCCUUCUGCCUGGUACAAUCUUGGGCUUCUCUACAAAGCUGACAUUGGAGCAACACAGCUAGAGGCUGCCGAAUGCUUUGAGGCUGCUGCGCUUCUUGAAGAAUCCGCGCCAGUUGAGUCCUUCAGAUGACCAAACUACACGCACACUUUCUCUAUGACCCAUGUAUUAUAUUGUAGAUUAGACUACAAUUUUUAUUUUAACUUGAUGAUACCCAUUAUAAAAAAGAGCCAAAGGAAAUAGAAGAUGUUUGAUAAUUAAAUUGCUUCACUUGAAAUGUUAUUAGCAUCUUUUACCCUAGCUAUGUCUUGAGGUUUAUUGAUGAGUGGACUAUAAUGAAUUUUGCGUUAUUGUUGUAUGAUGAACAUUAGAAGGGAACGUAUUUUGCAUGUUCAA